AUGGGCAAUGCAUGCUGGGAGCUUUACUGCCUCGAGCAUGGUAUCCAUCCCGAUGGGUGUGUACCUGCUGAUAAAAUAAAUAGCAGCGACGACUCUUUCAACACAUUCUUUGGUGAGACCGGCGCGGGCAAGCACGUACCUCACGCCGUAUUCGUGCAUCUUGAGCAUUCCGUCGUAGACGAGGUCAGGACGGGUACUUAUCGACAAUUGUUUCACCCUGAGCAACUAAUUGCGGGUAUGGAGGAUGCCGCCAACAACUACGCGCGCGGUUACUAUACGAUAGGUAAGGAAAUUAUUGAUCUUGUUCUUGAUCGUGUCAGGAAAUUGGCUGACUAA